AUUUUCUUCAUCGUUAGGCAUGUCUUGCAACUUAAGAAAUAAUCCACACUGUGUCGUCGCAAAACCUCGAAGUGAAAGUAGAAGACCCACUGACGUUACGAUGGCUUCUAGAACUUGCAGACAGCUCUUUCGGAACUAUUUAAGUUUUGUUUCUCGAAAUAGAGCACAAUUUAGGAAAGUGAAAAUGCCAGGAGAUGGCAUUCAAAGAAGCAAUAACCUACAAGCCUUCAAUUGGAACAAAUUUCGUUUGACUUUACAAUAUAUUGCAAGCAAAGUCAAACUGAAACACGUGGUUGGAACGAAUGUCGUUUUUUGCGCCGUAGCUUUGUGUUAUAACAGAUCCAAGAAUGAUGCUGCUCAGCUGCUGUCUAGUGCAAAAAGAAGAGAUUAUGCACAAGUUGAAAGACUCAUAAAAGGUGGGGUUGAUGUGAACUGCAGGCAUCAGCUGGGAUGGACUGCGCUACAUGUUGCUGCAAUAAACCAAGAUACUCGACUUUUGGAGCUUUUACUGAGGUUGGGUGCUGAUCCCAACAUUGGAGAUGAAUAUUCUACGUAUUUUGCCAUUGCGAGGGAACAAAGAUUCGACCCGAUGAGUGUGUUGAUGGUAAGGGAGGAGGAGUUCAAUGACCGGCUGAGUCAGAGAGCUAACUUCAAGGGAUGCACACCUCUACACUAUGCUGUGCUCAUGGAGGACUUCACAAUUGUCAAACUACUGCUGGAUGCAGGUGCAGAUCCCACACUCGAGAAUGUUAAUGGCCACAAACCAAUUGACUACACUAAAAACCAGACACUACAAACUGUCUUAUCAACAGCAGAAACAAAAUUUUUAGAGCUGAAGGAGAGAAAGGCUGCAGAGGAGAGGAGGAAGUUCCCCUUGGAGCAAAGGCUGAGGGAGCACAUCAUCGGUCAGGACGGUGCCAUCAACACGGUGGCUGCUGCAAUUAGGCGUAAGGAGAAUGGCUGGUAUGAUGAGGACCACCCCCUUGUAUUCCUCUUCCUGGGCUCCUCGGGAAUAGGUAAAACAGAGUUAGCUAAGCAGGCAGCCAAGUAUCUACAUAAAGAUGUUAAGAAGGGUUUUAUACGUAUAGACAUGUCAGAGUACCAAGAGAAGCAUGAAGUAGCCAAGUUUAUUGGUUCGCCGCCUGGUUAUGUGGGCCAUGAAGAGGGAGGUCAGCUGACCAAGAAGCUGACGGAGUGCCCAAAUGCAGUGGUUCUAUUUGAUGAAGUGGAGAAGGCCCACCCAGAUGUCCUGACAAUCAUGUUACAGUUGUUUGAUGAGGGUCGACUGACAGAUGGGAAGGGAAAAACCAUUGAAUGUAAAGAUGCCAUCUUUAUCAUGACCUCUAACCUUGCCAGUGAGGUCAUUGCCAGCCAUGCGUUACAACUGAGGGCAGAGGCAGCAGAGUAUAACAAACACAAGGACGCACAGAAACUGGAGGACCUGGAAGCUGCAGAGAGAAUCACCAUAUCCAGAAAAUUUAAAGAUGACGUUGUUCGACCAAUUUUAAAGAGGGCAUUCAGACGUGAUGAAUUUUUGGGAAGAAUCAACGAGAUUGUGUACUUCUUGCCAUUUUCUCGGUCAGAGUUGAGCAAAUUAGUGACAAAGGAACUACAAUACUGGUCAGAACAGGCUAAAAAGAAACACGACAUUUCCUUGGUGUGGGACCAUAAUGUCGUGGAUGUUCUCGCUGAUGGCUAUGAUGUCCAUUAUGGUGCUCGCUCCAUUAAAUAUGAGGUUGAAAGACGUGUGGUGACCCAGUUGGCAAUGGCACAUGAGAGACAACUGAUUGAGAAAGGCUGUGUGAUUCGACUCUCAGCUACAAAUGCAGAGGAUCUUACAAAGACAGACAAGUCAUCUGUUGAACCACCCACCAUAAAGUUACAACUGUUACAGAAAGGAAAGGGAGAUAAAUAUGUGGACAUUAACUUCAAAGGGGGAGACAAUCCAUUUACCGCAGGAUAUAAGUAAAAGACACUUUACAAAUUACAGAGGAGCACAAUGAAAUUUACACUUUUAAGGGUCUUGUAAUUAAGUAACAGUGUCAUGUAAAUAGAGGUUUUGAAAGCCUGUACUUCUGUAGAAGUGAAAAAUUAUGUCAUAUAAUUAAGGUAUUAGAACCAUUUUAACAAGGCCUUGGACUUUCAGUAGGAUGUAACUAUCUAUUUCUUGCGUCAAAACAAAAUACAAUUACGCUUGUUUCAAGCGAAACAUUCACCGAUUGCAGAGUCCUUGCUCAAAGCCAGACAAAUCUUGUUGAUUUCAAUGAGCCAUGGCUGAAUGGCCUACAAUGAAAUAGACAGGCCUACGUUACAUUGUCAAUUGACACAACUACCCAAAGUCAAAGCUCUUGUUAAAAUGGUUCUAAUAAGAUAGUUUAUCAAACUUUUACAUGUAAUGUCCAAAAUUAAGAUCAGUUGGGUUUCUCCAUCUGAUUUUGAUUUUUACAUUCCUCACAUCUUGAAGAAAAUUAUAUGCUCUCUACUUAGACCUAUUUGGCUAAGACUUUACUUAAACAGAGCUUUUUGGUCAAUGGUGUUCAGUGACUUUGUCAAGUCAAUGUGAAGGUCAUAGAGGAUCUCUUUUUAUUAUCAGUUUAAGACUGUAUAUUAUUUCCCAUUUGCUUAAUCUUGCUUAGAUUGAACAAAAAUGCCUGCAUAUAAGUAGUAAUGAAAUGGAUGUAGAAGUUCUACACCACCUGGAAAAUUUCUAAGAUAUAGGUCAAGGUCUCUAAGCAAAAUUCACUGAAAUUCUUUUCAUCAUAUUGUCCACUAUGUAAGCAGGCCCUUUGAGAUGGUCACCAUCUCCAUGUUGUUGUUUUUUUUUAAUGCUUGCAUUCAUUUUACAAUAUACAUCAUUUUGAAAGUUGUGUAAAUUAUGACUUAAAAAAUAAAUCUGAAAUAUGGUU